AUAAUCAAAAUCAUACGGAUCAAAGCUUUAUUAGUGUAACAAUGGCGGAUAGCACAAUGCAGUCAAUAAUGAUACAACACAGUGGAAGAUGGGACGCAUCAGGUCGAUAUGUAGAAUUCAAAAUUGAAGGAAUCCAGUACGAUUCAAAUUCGAACUAUAAUGGAUUGAUUUCUACAAUUGCUGCUCAACUGGGGAUAGAUACCACAGUCCAAACCAUGAUGAUUAAAUACAUUGCUAGUGACCGAUGCCCACCAAUGAUCAUACACAACGACAUGGGUGUUUGGGUAUAUUUAGAUCAAAAAAAAGAGUACAAAGAUUUCUUCAGUAGGUUUCCUUUAUGUAUCACAUUGGAGGAUAGUGAAAUGGAGGGAAUUGAAUUCCAUCAUGAUGGUGAAAGCAGUUCCAGUUCAAUAAAUAGGGGUCGAGAGAUUCAAUCUUCAUACAUGGGAAAUAUUAUUGAACAGAUUGAUAUGGCUUCAAGUGAACAUGUUGAGUUGUUGGAUAGUUGUGAAACUGAAAUAAUAAGCGACCCUCGACAUGAAUUUGUUGCGGAAAAACAGAUUUACAAGGAUAAAGAAACACUCAAUGCAGUUAUGAGGCAAUAUGCCUUUAUGAAGCAGUUUCAAUUUCGGGUGAAAAGGUCUGGUACAAAAAGGUACGAACAAAUAUUAUUGUUUAUUGUAGAUAAAUAAAAAAUGUAUGAAGCAUGUAUGUAUGUAAAUCACAUAUAGAAUAUAGGUGGGUGUAUGUAUAAAAAUUAUGAUGUAUGUAU